CUCCUCCACGUUCAGUGCUCCCUCUUGCGCGCACGGCGAGCAGCGGCGGCGGCAGCAGCGCUUCUCUGACGCACUAUCGGAGAUGAGCAUCCCAGUCCCGCAGGCUGUCAGGACAAACUCUCCCGACCUCUCUCUUUUUCGGACUUGUGCAAUCAGCCUUUUCAACUUCAGCGCUGUUCCGUGUUUAUUUUUUUAUUUUUGUUGUUUUUGUCGCAUUACUGUCUUACCUCGAUUUCACAGCUUUUCCCCCACACACACACACACACACACGCACGCACACACACUGACUCCGCGUUUGGCAGUGAUGCACACAUUUGACAUCUCUUGGCUGGGGAUUUACUCCGGAGGAAAGAACUGUCAGCAAAAGUAAUUGAUUUCCAUCUACAUCUAUGGGCUUGUUUCUCCUCCGUGUUUGUCGGGCGUCGUUCAGAACAUCUUGUGAUAAGUGCUUCAGAUUAAAGCUUGAGGAGCUGUUGUGAAAUACACAAAAUCGUUCAGAUGACGGACACCGGGAAGCUGUAAAUCUCCCUCCGCGACGCGACUCUGAGCCCUUGGAAUAUUCUCACGGAGGUGUUUGGUACAAAAAGCAGCAAUCUUGCUUCCAGUUUGCCCGUACUGCGGGGUGGCUGCUGCGCAUGUUCUGCUUUAAAUGAGGAUUUUUUUUCCAUUCAGAGGUGGGCAUCUGAGCGUUCCGAAUUUGUGAUGCCCGGGCAGUGAGGUCUACGGCAGGAUUUCAUUCUGGUCUACCCCCCCUCCCUCCUCCUACCUCCCUACUCCCUCUGUCCCCUCCCGCCCUGCACGGCAGCAUGGCUCCAACCCGGAGGGACUGCAGCGGCUGGGAGAUGUGCCUCCCAGCGGGACGCCUGCUCCUCUUCGCGUUGCUGUUUCACCCCGGCGUGGCAAAGGUGUGCAACGACCGCACCAAACACGAACAGGACAACAGCUGGUUCCUCAAGAGGGAGGAAGCGUUGAACAUCAUGGUGCUGAUGCCAAUGAACGAGUCGGCCCUGAUGAGCAGCAUCAGCCAGGGAAUCGAACCAGCGGUUCAGCUGGCCAUCGAGCACAUCAACGACUCCGGAGAGUACCCGUUUUCACUCAUCACCAAAAUCUAUGACACUGAGUGUGACAAUGCUAAAGGACUGAGGGCCUUUUUUGAUGCCAUAUGCUACGGUCCCAAACAUCUGAUGAUCUUCGGAGGUGUGUGCCCUUCUGUGACCUCCAUUAUUGCAGAGUCUUUGGAGGGCUGGAAUCUGGUUCAGCUGUCAUUUGCUGCGACCACCCCGGUUCUGGCAGACAAGAAGAAGUACCCCAACUUCUUCCGCACCGUCCCAUCCGAUAACGCUGUGAACCCAGCAGUCAUCAAAUUCCUUAAUUACUACAACUGGAGCCGGGUGGGGACCCUCACACAGGAUGUUCAGAGGUUCUCAGAGGUGAGGAAUGAUCUGACCUAUGAACUGGAGAAAGCAAACAUUCACAUUGCAGAUACAGAAAGUUUUUCCAAUGAUCCCUGUGUCAAUGUCAAAAAACUGAAGGACAAUGACGUGAGAAUCAUCAUUGGGCAGUUUGAUCAGCAUUGGGCCUCUAAAGUCUUCUGUUGUGCAUAUAACUUGAACAUGUAUGGCAGCAAAUACCAGUGGAUCAUCCCAGGCUGGUAUCAACGAAACUGGUGGGAACAUGCGAACAACACCAACUGCACUUCCAGGAAGCUCCUUACAGCCAUGGAGGGAUACAUCAGUGUGGACUUUGAACCGCUCAGUUCUCGGCCAGUGAAGGGCAUCUCUGGCAGGACCCCGAAGGAAUAUGAGAAGGAGUAUUACAGGGAGCUCCAGCAGAAAGGUGUGGAGGCAAGCAAGUUUCACGGCUUUGCUUACGAUGGGAUCUGGGUAAUUGCAAAGACCAUGAACCGAGUAAGGGAACUGCUCCGGACAAAAGAAAGGCAAAAUAUGCAUCAGAACUUCACUGUGGACGAUCGGGAAGUGGGGAAAAUGGUGCUUGAUGUCAUGAAUGAAACUAACUUCUAUGGAGUUACAGGUCAAGUCAUGUUUCGUAAUGGAGAGAGGAUGGGCACAAUAAAAUUCAACCAGUUUCAAGAUGGUCAGGAAGUAAAAGUGGGAGAGUACAAUUCCAUCGCUGACAUUCUGGAUCUGCAGAACAACUCCAUCAGGUUCCAAGGUGUGGAGCCUCCCAAAGAUCGCACAUUUGUUCGUCUACAGCGGCGCCACAUCAAUGUGCCACUGUACAGCAUCUUGUCUACUAUAACCAUCCUGGGCAUGCUGAUGGCUGGGGCGUUCCUGUUCUUUAACAUCAAGAACCGAAAUCACAGACUAAUCAAGAUGUCCAGUCCAUACAUGAACAACCUGAUCAUCCUCGGAGGCAUGCUGUCCUACGCCUCGAUUUUCCUCUUUGGUCUUGACGGAGGUUUUGUUUCAGACAAAGAGUUUGAGACACUCUGCACUGUUCGGACAUGGAUCCUUAUUGUUGGAUACACAACUGCUUUUGGUGCCAUGUUUGCCAAGACGUGGAGGGUACAUGCCAUCUUCAAAAAUGUGAAGAUGAAGAAAAAGAUCAUAAAGGACCAGAAACUGUUGAUUAUCGUCGGUGGGAUGCUGCUUAUCGACUUAUGCAUUCUAAUUUGCUGGCAGAUCGUAGACCCUCUCAGGAGAACCGUGGAGGAAUACAGCUUGGAGGCGGACCCAGAAGGCCGGGACAUUGCCAUCCGUCCUUUCUUGGAGCACUGUGAGAACACCCACAUGACCAUUUGGCUUGGCAUCGUGUAUGCCUACAAGGGACUGCUAAUGCUGUUUGGCUGCUUUCUGGCGUGGGAGACCAGGAACGUGAGCAUCCCUGCCCUCAACGACAGCAAAUACAUCGGAAUGAGCGUGUACAACGUUGGCAUCAUGUGCAUCAUCGGCGCGGCGGUGUCGUUUCUGACCAGGGAUCAGCCGAACGUCCAGUUCUGCAUCGUAGCUCUCGUCAUCAUCUUUUGUAGCACCAUCACUCUCUGUCUUGUCUUCGUUCCUAAGCUGAUCACCAUGAGAACAAACCCAGAUGCAGCCACACAGAACCGGCGGCUAAAGUUCACCCAAAAUCAGAAGAAGGAAGAUUCCAAGACCUCCACCUCGGUCACCAGCGUGAACCAGACCAACACUUCCCGACUGGACGGGCUGCAAACUGACAACCACCGCCUCCGCAUGAGGAUAACCGAGUUGGAUAAGGAGCUGGAGGAAGUGACCAUGCAGCUGCAGGACACCCCAGAGAAAACUCCUUACAUCAAACAGAACCAUUACCCAGACGCCAAUAACAUCCUCAGCAUACGCAACUUUACAGACGGCAAAGAUGGAGAGAAAUCGAUACUGAAAAACCACCUGGAGCAAAAACCGCAGGCGCAGUGGGGCUCCAUGGAUCCUUCCAGAAUAAGCAGAGGUCCCCUGGAGGAUAUCAACUCACCUGAACACAUACAGCGUCGACUGUCCUUGCAGCUGCCUAUCCUGCACCACGCAUACCUACCUUCCAUAGGAGGGGUUGACGCCAGUUGCACCAGUCCAAAUGGAAGCCCGGGCUCCAGUCCGAGGCACAGACACAUGCCCCCUUCCUACAGGGUAAUGGUCUCUGGGCUGUGAGCUUCAUUCACUCCCCCACUUCGCUCUUUGUUGAGGAGACACAAAUGGUUCUUUUUUUCUACAACAAAUAGACUGAUAUUGUCAGCGUGUGUGCGUAUUCCGUCUUGGACUGAAAAGAAGAUGGGGUUGAACAAAGAGAGGGGGGGAGGGAUAAAGUUUUACUCGUCAUACCUCUGCACUCGGGUCUCUUGAGGACUGACGCCGUCAGUCAAAACUGGGUGGGGGAGGACGGUUGAUGCUUAACUACUACAUCCUCUCUUCUUAGGUCUGCUCACACACAUGCACAGUCAGACACCGAUAUCUACAACAGAGAUACACACCAAUAUCCAAGCACAGUGACACCCCAGCAGCAGCGGUGGACCAGCCCUAAUCUGACGUGUAGCCUUAUCUGCUUCAAAAGGGAUUGUUUCCGUUUCUUAUCUGUUUUAUGUGCUAUAUGUGCUUGCAGCUACAUGUGAGCCACACCAACUUAAACAUUUCACUGCUUCGGUGACUGGAUACGAGUUUGGGAGCAACGAGAGGAAUUGUCGAGAUCCAACUAAAGAGAGCGUUAAAGGAAGCACCCCUGUCCACUUCUCAACGUUGUGCAGAAAUGUAAAUAUCAUCGCUUUUGACACUGAUGUACUGUAAGCUUUGUAAAUGCUGUGAAUGGACAAAUUUAUAGGAUUUAAGUGUGGUGCUUGUAACAAAGGCAGAUGACGGCUUAUGAAAUAUAACAUCCUACGAAUCAGAUAUUUGACAGAGGCAUAAAUCUGUAAGCAUAGCUGUUAAUAUAUUAGCUUACAAACAGCAUAGAUGCAUCAAAAUUUGUCCAGGUCCCAGGCCUCUAACUCGGAGUGAGCUGCACGUUGCUCUUUACUUUGUUCCACUUUGCUAUUUUUUCUAAACUCGUUCAUGUCAAAGACCUCCUGUCUGACUUUGUAAAGGCCUUCAUACUUUACAAUUUAAUCAGUCCGUCUGGAGUCAGACAGCAUGUUUUAUAGAAACAAUAAUGCUAUGCCUUUUUCACAGGUUUGAGAAAAUAGAGCAAAAAGAGAUCAAAGGAGUGUUUCACAGCUUUCUUUCUUUCUUUUUUUUGUUAACAUGUCAAGAAAUUCAAAUACACAGAUGUGCACGUAAAAGAAAAAAAAAAAACCCAAGAGAGCAUCCAGUGAAUCCAGGUGCUGUUGGCGCUUAGUGAUGGGUGGGGUCACACUGAAGCUUGCAGACUGGUUUUUAUAGACUGUUAAGUUGUCUAUCUGAACUUGUUCUCAUGUCUUACCAGCACAGUUUUUAGAGCAACGGGGUGCAGCAAUAGCACAAAAUUACAAGACUUUUGAGGUGAAACUUUGCGAUGAGGGAUAAAACGAAAACAGGCGAUGUUGGAGAAAAUGUAGGUCUACCAGGUCCACGGCUUGAUUGGACUAAAACGGUUGACCUGAAUUUCCACGCACAGCAGCAACGACAGUCGGCGCGUUGAAGUCUCGCGUAAUAAGCCCCACACCUGUCUGCAGCGUUGGUUUCUAAGUCGGCGAUGCCACCUCUGCUGGUCACGGUGAUUUAGCACAGACAUAGGGCUUUCUCUCACAGAUGAUACAGAGUACCAGGAUAGAUCAACCCACACUUGGCAACAGUGAACAUACCUCAGUUGCUACAGAAAUGUAUAUCAGUGCCGCUGAGCUUCACCCAAGACCAUCAUAAAGAGAAUCGCUGUUCUUCGUUAAUUUUUUUUUUUUCCUAAUGCGGGAGAAAAAGUCAAAGGAGGACUCUGCAGGAAAAAUACUUUUUUUUACCCAGAGCGGCAAGGUUCGUUCUCAGCAUAUUGUUUCACCAUUGGUGUCUUGGUUUUUAUUUUUUUUAAGGCGUUUCUUGAGCGCCGUGCCUGUUGUCUUAUAUUGUAGCCUGCGAGACCCACACUACAUACGAAAGGGUCGAAACUGCGCUUACCCAGCAAAGUACAUCGGCCACACAUCUGUAAAUCGAACAAUGUGUCACAGACUAAUCUAAAGUCCAUGUGUCCAAGACCGGGGACAGCUUUGGGAGUACAUGGCGAAAGCUCCACUCCAGCCGGAGGAUAUUUCUCCAUAAAUACAGUCAAACUUCUCAGAAAAGUUGGGGAGGAUUCAGAGCUGAAGUCGGGGAGACGAGGAUCUUUUGUCAGACAUAUUGAGGUUUGAGCUCCUCCCGUUUCCAGGCCCCUGCUAUGAUGCACAGGAGCAGGAGGGGGGAAAAAAACAACCCAAGCACAGACCUCAAAAAGGAGUCAUGACUUCUCCUGCAUCUUUGCCAACCAGAGAAUCACAGUCACAGAACAUGUGAGUGGGAGACAUUUCCAGAGGGUUGGAUCUUCCUUCAGGAGAAGCAAAAAAACUAACCGCACAUUUUAUAUAUUACAUUAUACGUGAUUGUGUACAACUUUGCUGAUACCCUGAUGAUGGUGUCCAUGUAUGGAGUAUUUGGUAUUUGGCUUUCUCAAGAUGGCAUGAAAUAAAAUGUAUAAUUCACAGAGUUACCUCUGUUUUUUUGUUUUGUUUUUGUUUUGUUUUUGCAACUGUUGUGACAAAGCUAUGCUGUUGCUUCCUCACAUCACCUGUAAUUUGAUUUUAUCAUGAAAGGAUCCACACCCCUGUUCAAAAGUAAUAUAUUUCUGAUCUAAAACAGACCCUGAUACGUCUUUACCACCUUUAACCUGACAUAUAACUUGUACCAUUCAACCAAACAACCAAUUUGUUAGGGUGGAACGAGUGCAAUAACGUGUUUAGAUUCAAUUUUAGCAUGCAGCGCUCUGAGGGAGUUAAUAAAAAUGCUGCAUUUAGGUGUAACCACAUUUACUCCCUCUACCUUGUGGGUAGAAGUAAAAAUCUUCUAUACUGAAGUCAUUCUAUUGUUGAUAUAAAUGUAUGAUUAGACUCACUGUGGUGUUGGAAAAUUACAACCUCUCUUCAUCUUCAGCUUUCCAGAAGACAUUUGAAAUGCUUGGGUCAGAAUGGGACUGGAGUUUGGAAAAAAAAAACAGCGCAGCUGAAGAGAAGAAACCCCCAGAGCAUUAUGCAGCCACCACUAUGUUUCAGUGUGGGUGUUGUUUUGGUGACAUGCUGUACUGUUUUUGUGCCAAAUCACCUUUUAGUUCUUGUUUAGUUUUAUUUCAUAAAUAAUAAUAAUAAUAAUAAUAAUAAUAAUUAAUAAUAAUAAAUGAAAAAAGUGUCCUACCAGGGUUUGUAUUAUUUAAUCCAGACCUGGAUGUUUUUUGUUUUUUUUUAGGAGAAAACACUUCUGAUUAGUAAUCUUAUUUAUUCAGACAUUUUGGGGAAUACAGAUUGUCACACGUAUAAUUCAACAAGCACUUAGAAACUUGCGCAGCUUAUCUACUGGAGUCACAUAUGGGUCCAUCAUUUACAUUUUUUUACCAUUUGCCCUGAAAUAUUAUAUGAGUUAAUAUUGUACAGAACUUAUGCCAAAUUAAAGGUGGAAUUUGUUUUUAAGAGUAUCAAAAAGAAUAUUUUAUGUCCCCAAAAAUCAGAUUUUCAACAGGGGUGUUCACACUUUUUAAAUCCACUGUAGUUCCUUACAAGCGUUCCUUUAUUUUUAUUUAUUUAUCUUUUGUUUACCUCUUGAUCAGUUCGCACAUGUCAAAGCCAAGAUGCUCAGUGGACUAACUAAAUAUCAUCUCAUCUAACAUGCUACUGAUUUAGCACCUGUUCACUGAGGGCAAUAAAAUGAAGGUAGCAGCUAUCGAACAAACCUACUAUAAUCUGCUUGUGUGAUUUAAAACGAUUAUGAAAUCAUUUUAUCUGAUCAGUCCAAAAUAUCAAAUGCAGAUCAUCAGGUGUGUUUUUCUUUUUUUUUAUGUGCCCUACUUUUAUUCUAAUACGAUUUAUUUCAGUUGUUCUCAUAAAUGAAUAAAUUUUACAAAUGCAAUUGUGGUGGGUCAAGGGCUCAUAAGUAACCUGUAAUAAAUAGCUUCAUGCUGAUGGUUUGUAUUUGCCACAGGUCUUUUUACCUUCUCAGUUUGAAGAUCAACGUGACAUACCUGAGGACAUCUUUGUAUGUUUCGUCGUCAGGUUGACUGGAGAAAAACAACACAAACUAAGCUAUGUUAUACCAACAAAGAAUAUAUAUAUUACGUGGCGACACACAAAGGUCCAUGCUGUUACUGUUUUGUCAGUUUUGAUAUGUGGUACCACAUAUGGUAUUCUGUUCAAUUAAAACUUUAAAAUGGUGAACAAAAACCUAUGUUAAAUACAACAUGUUCAAGAGGGGCAAUAAUUUGUUUUCUUAUUACGGAAAGAAUAGAGAACUAUAUAUAUAAAUAUAUAUAUGUAUAUGUAAAGAUCUUUACGUACAUUCUCAUUUUUACAUAGGAAACAUUUCACAAAUCUGAAGUCUUCUUUUUAUUUACAGUAUCUGUAACUAUGUUAUGUACAGAUGAGGUCUAGAUAUGAAAAUCUUGUAUAAAAUGAGUAUCACACUUGGAACACCUGAACAUUUUUUGAGCCAUUGGUUGUUAUUUGGGGAGGGAAAGAGGGAUGAGGAGGGCAGGGCGAUGGGGAUAUUUGAAAAACAUUCUUCUUUUGUUGUCUGAAUGUUAUGGGCAGCCUUUACUUUUCACAUCAUCGUUAAAUAAAGUGUGACUGAAAAUAA